AUGACUGAAAUCGCCGAAGGCUCUUCUCUAAUUUCGAUUGUGACGGGACUUUUCACCAAGGCUAUUCGUGACUCGUUCCCUGACCUCGAGAUCUCUUCAAACGACUGCCUCAUUUCGCAAAACACGAAUGCGAAGAUGAAGCACGACUAUCAGUGCAAUUCUGCCAUGGGUCUUACGAAGAAGCUCCAGGCUCUUCGUGGAAAGGAGAACGCCCCCAAGAACCCCCGUGAAUGCGGCCAGAUCAUUAUUGACCACCUUCCUGAGUCUGAGUUCGUGGAGAAGACCGAGCUUGCGGGUCCCGGUUUUAUCAACCUCUACUUGAAGAAGAGCUGGGUCGCUCAGCACAUCCUGAGCAUUCUGAACCACGGCUUCGUGCCUCCCCCAACUGAGCGUAAACGCGUCAUCAUCGACUACAGUUCUCCCAACAUUGCGAAGGACAUGCACGUUGGCCAUCUUCGUAGCACGAUUAUCGGAGACAGUCUGGCUCGCAUUCUGGAGUUCUGCGGCCACGAGGUGAUCCGAAUCAACCACGUCGGCGACUGGGGAACGCAGUUCGGUAUGCUGAUCGCCCAUCUGCAGGACAUCGCUCCGGACUUCGAGACGAACCCUCCCUCGAUCGAGGACCUGACGGUCUUCUACAAGGCGGCCAAAUGCAAGUUCGACGAGGACAAAGCGUUCCAAGAGCGCGCGCACCAGGAAGUGGUGAACCUCCAGAGCGGCGUUCCGAAGAAUUUGGCGAUGUGGAAGACGCUCUGCAGCGUGUCGGAGAAGAUGUUCAGCAAGGUGUACAAGAUGCUGAACGUGGACCCGCGGCUCAAGAUGAUGGGCGAGUCCUUCUACAACCCGCUGCUCCCCGCGAUGGUCAAGGAACUCGACGCGAAGGGCCUGCUGCAGGACAGCGACGGCGCCAAAGUGCUGUUCCCGCAGGGCUUCGAAGUCCCGCUGAUCAUCCAGAAGUCCGACGGCGGCUUCGGCUACGACUCGACGGAUAUGACGGCGAUCAAGUACCGAAUCCAGGAGAUGAAGGCGGACUGGAUCAUCUACGUGGUGGACUCGGGACAGGCGCUGCACUUCCAGCAGGUGUUCCAGGCGGCGCGCGACGCGGGCUGGGUCGGCUCGGUGCGUCUGGACCACGUGGGAUUCGGCGUGGUGCAGGGCGAGGACAAGAAGAAGUUCAAGACGCGCGCGGGAAAGAGCGUGCGCCUGGUGGAUCUGCUGAACGAGGCGGCGGAGAAGGCGACGGCGAUCAUGAAGAAGCGCGUGGAGGACGGCGUGAGCGGCGUGUCGGACCCGAAGGAGAUCGAAGAGGCGGCCGCGCAGCUGGGCUACGGAGGCGUGAAGUACUUCGAUCUGCGUCAGAACCGUCUGUCGGACUACGUGUUCAGCUUCGAGCGCAUGCUGUCGCCCGAGGGAGACACGAACGUGUACCUGCAGUACUCGCACGCGCGGUGCAUGUCGAUCAUCCGCAAGGCGCCCGAGGAGGUCGAGGAGCUGAAGAAGCACACGCAGAUCACGCUGGAGCAUCCCUCCGAGUGGGAUUUGGCGUGCUACAUCCUGCGGUUUAGCGACGUGCUGGAGCAGGUGCCGAUGGAUUUGAUGCCGAAUCGGAUCUGCAAGUACAUCUACGAUCUCAGCAUCAAGCUGAACGGAUUCUACCGGGAUUGCCGUGUGAUCGGAUCGCCCGAGCAGAAUAGCCGAUUGCUGCUGGUGGCCGCUGCGGAGAAGGUGAUGCGACAGGGAUUCGAUCUGCUGGGUAUUGUAACGCUUGAUAAGAUUUGGAGUGUUUGUUGGGUGAAACGCGAUUGA